CCUCAACAUUCAAGAACGCUGAAUAAGUUCAACUACCAAUGAUGUUCAUUAAAGUAUGAGCUCUAUUUUAUUGUCAUUGCCACAACGUUACAAACGACAAUUACAAGCAAUGACUCUAGGCGUUAUUAUCAUUUACACCACUUUGGUGUUCUACCAAAGUUCAUAUGGAUAUCCAAAUAUUAAUAUUUCUCCGAAUUCCCCAGCACAAAAAUAUCACAAUGAAAAAAUCAGCGAUGUUCAAACACAUCACAUGAAAUUAUUACAAUACGAAAGCUCUAGUACAAAUGCACCCGCAGUGGCGCCAACCACCAAUCCAACAUCCACACAACACCAACAACAAUCAAAGUCAGUUGGAGGUGGUGCUGGUGGCAGUCAUUCAAUGCGGGAUGUGCUAUCGAAUCCGGUGCAUACAUCUGUGGUGCAACCAACAACGGUGAUAAUACGCAAAGAUUUUCAUAGUUUUAAUUUUUCCGAUAUUGAAUUGCCGGUGGAGAGGCCAACAGCAUCGGUGCACUAUUUGCGAAAUAAACAUUUGUUGCACGAUUUGUCACAGCGUUCAGUGACGGGAACACCGAAACCACCCACCACCGAAUUGGAUGAUAUCUUCAUUAGUGUGAAGACGACAAAAAGUUAUCACGACAGCCGGCUGGCAAUGAUUGUCAAGACAUGGUUUCAAUUGGCCAAAGAUCAGACGUGGUUCUUCACAGACACAGACGAUCCAUAUUAUCAGGAGAAAACAAAUGGCCAUUUAAUAAACACAAAAUGUUCCCAGGGUCAUUUCCGUAAAGCUUUGUGUUGCAAAAUGUCCGCAGAAUUAGAUGUUUUCCUGGAAAGCGGUAAAAAAUGGUUCUGCCACUUCGAUGACGACAACUAUGUAAAUAUUCCUCGGUUGGUAAAGCUGUUAGAUGAAUACAGUCCCACUGUUGAUUGGUAUUUGGGCAAGCCGAGUAUAUCAUCACCAUUGGAAAUCCAUUUGGAUAGUAAAAACACGACACUGAAUAAAAAGAUUACAUUCUGGUUUGCAACAGGUGGUGCUGGUUUCUGUUUGAGUCGAGCCCUAACAUUGAAAAUGUUACCGAUAGCAGGUGGUGGCAAGUUUAUAAGUAUUGGUGAUAAAAUACGAUUUCCUGAUGAUGUUACCAUGGGUUUUAUUAUAGAACAUCUACUCAAGGUCCCCCUAACAGUUGUCGACAAUUUCCAUUCCCAUUUGGAACCCAUGGAAUUUAUACGACCCGACACCUAUCAGGAUCAAGUGUCCUUCAGCUAUGCUUUAAUGAAAAAUCAAUGGAAUGUUGUUAAAGUGGAUGGUUUCGAUACCAAAACCGAUCCACGUCGUUUCUAUUCAUUGCAUUGUAAAUUAUUUCCAUAUUUUAGUUAUUGUCCUCAUAGAUGAUUGGAUCUUUAGAAUGAAAAAAUUAAA